UCCAUACAAAGCAAGAACCAAAGAGGAAAAAGCAAAAGCUACAAUUCCUACUACCAGCUACAGCCAUCCAAGAGAAAAAAGAAAAGCUUCGGUUGCAGAGAGAAGACAGAGACAGAGAGCUCUCUUUGUCUCUUGGGCUCUGAAAAUCUCUUAAAAUCUCGAACGGCUACUUGGAGAAAAAGGCUUUGUGGAGUACGAAUCUCAAAGAAGUGUGUAGUGUAGUGUGAAGAGAGCCAGAGCUUCAUUCUCCUUCUCUAGGAAGUCCUCCGAUUUGUACAUGCCCGUCCGUACGGACUCUUGCUAUAGCUGGGUUUCACGCUGAAGAUAAUUUCUGUAAUGUUAUACAUGGAAAGGGUUCCAGAAUCAAAGGCAAAGGCUCUUCCCGGGAAAUUGCCCAUAGUUGUUGAGUUACCAAAUACAAGCAUGACCUCGAAGAGGGAAGUGGGUCAGGCAUCAAGCAUGCACAGAGGAGGCUUAGUAAGAGAACAAGUAAAUCGAUUUAAUGGACAAAGCUCCAGGGAUUUAGACUUAGCCUCACCCAUAAGAACAUGGACACAAAAAGACUCUCUAUCUAAACAAGUUGGUCAAGCAUUUGACAUGCACAAACGUUUUGCAAGAGUGGAUCUGGGUCAUUAUAAUGGACGAGACUCCCGAGAUUCAGACUCGCCUGCACCCAUCAGAACAUGGAAAGGUAAAGAUUCUUUGCCUGAGCCAGAAGAACUGAUGACCGAUGUUCUUUCAUUCGAAGGCAGUGGUGAUUCUUUUGAUGAAGGUGGCACAAGUUUGUUCUGCGGGGCUAGUCAUCCCCCAGAACCUGUUGAUACUGAUUUAAUGAGACAAGUCUAUGUACCAAUUGGUCAAACCAAAUCCGAAGCUAGUUGCCUGAUGAAGAGUAUGUCUGUGAAGGGACCCUUUUUGGAAGAUCUUUCUAUCCGUGUCCCUGCUAAGAAACCAAGUCCAGCUGUUCUUUCCCCUGCAGAAAGUAUAGUUGAAGAGCCUAAUGACAUGGUUACUUCGUCUCCUCCAUUUUCAGUUCUCCGGGCAUCGCAAAAUACAGAUAACUCGCUCCUUCCCCCAGAUUCAGAGGAGAAUGAAUGUGUUUGGGAUGCUUCUUUGCCUCCGAGUGGUAAUGUAAGCCCAUAUAGUAGCAUUGACAGUAUGGGUGUCGUCACAGCUAUGAGCAUUGUCAAUAGUUGUUCCAGUACAUACAGGAGUGAUACCAUUAUGAGUGAUGGGCUGCUUAGCCUGGACAGGAAUUGUGAGGGCACAAAAGGGAGUGUUAGAGGGGAUUUACUUGAAAGUGCAAAGACUAGUCUUAGUCGAGCAAGUCACAGCAGUGGUCUUAGUGAUGACAGUAAUUGGAGCAACUUUACUGGGAGUGCUAAUAAACCUCACAAAGGAAAUGACCCUAGGUGGAAGGCCAUUCUUGCCAUCCGAGCACGCGAUAGAAUUUUGGGCAUGAGUCAUUUUAGAUUAUUCAAACGGCUUGGUUGUGGUGAUAUUGGCAGUGUAUAUCUCUCAGAGCUGAGUGGAACUCAUUGUUAUUUUGCAAUGAAAGUGAUGGACAAGGAAUCCCUUGCAAGCAGGAAGAAGUUGACUAGGGCUCAAACAGAAAGGGAAAUUUUGCAGCUGUUGGACCAUCCAUUUCUUCCAACUUUAUAUACACACUUUGAAACCGACAGAUUUACUUGUUUGGUAAUGGAAUAUUGCCCUGGGGGGGAUCUGCACACUUUGAGGCAACGGCAACCUGGCAAACAUUUUUCUGAAUAUGCUGCACGGUUUUAUGCCGCAGAGGUUUUGUUGGCGCUGGAGUAUCUGCACAUGCUUGGAGUUGUCUAUAGGGAUUUAAAACCUGAAAAUGUUCUGGUCCGUGAUGAUGGGCAUAUAAUGCUGUCAGAUUUUGACCUUUCACUUAGAUGUGCAGUUUCACCCACUCUGAUCAGAACCUCUUAUGAUUCUGACCCUUCAAAAAGGGGAGCUGGUGGUGCAUUUUGUGUUCAACCUGCCUGUAUUGAGCCUACAUCAGUAUGCAUUCAGCCUGCCUGCUUCAUUCCUCGAUUCUUCCCCCAAAAGAGUAAGAAAACCCGAAAACCUCGUUCAGAAAUUGGGUUACCAGCUAGCUGGCUUCCAGAGCUUGUUGCUGAACCUACCGCAGCCCGAUCCAUGUCUUUUGUUGGAACUCAUGAAUAUCUAGCCCCUGAAAUUAUCAAGGGAGAAGGCCAUGGUAGUGCAGUCGAUUGGUGGACAUUUGGCAUUUUCUUGCACGAGCUACUCUAUGGUAAAACCCCAUUCAAAGGCUCAGGUAACCGUGCUACACUGUUCAAUGUGGUAGGGCAGCAACUCAAAUUUCCAGACUCUCCAGCAACCAGUUAUGCAAGCCGGGAUUUGAUCCGGUGCUUGCUGGUGAAGGAGCCCCAACACCGACUAGGAGUGAAGAGGGGUGCAACUGAGAUCAAGCAACACCCUUUCUUUGAAGGUGUCAAUUGGGCUCUAAUAAGAUGUAGCACACCACCAGAGGUACCAAGACCAGUAGAGGCAGAAGUUCCACGGAAAUUCGAUCAAGUCGACCCAAUUGGCAUUGGCAGCACCAGUAAAAGGAUUGUAGGAACAGACAUGAAAGGUGGGGGCAACUAUCUCGACUUCGAGUUCUUCUAAGCUCUUAUGUUGCAAUGAUACUAUGUUUCAGAAAGUUAAGUGACUGAGGGUUAUUGAGGGGCUAAUAGUUUUAUAAUUUCAACCCAAGCAGGCCUUAGUUUCUGAUUAAAGAAUUGUUGGUUCUAUGUUUUAUGGGUAAUCAUCAGUUAAAAUCCCAAAAGAGUUUGCCUGAUAAUGAAAUUCAGCAAAGCUACCCAAUAGAUUUACAGACAUUGGUUUCAUUUCAUCUUUUGAGUCAUGAUCUAUGGCAUCUAUUGCAGGUUCUUUUC